GGUACAAAGAGACUUCUGCACUCAUAAGUGAAGCAAGGCAGGAGGCCUGGGCUUCUCUGGGCCACUUCAGAAUCUGUCCCCAGGAAAGUUGCAGGAAUGAACACGUGAAUGAGGAAACCAAACUUGAGAGACUUCCGAGAAGCAUGGUGGGAAGGAGGAUGGCAAGAGAUGAGGAAAGCACCCAUGGCUCAGAGGAGGACAUGCGGGCCACACAGAAACCCCAGCUGAGGCUCAUCCUGGUGGGCAGGACCGGGACUGGCAAGAGUGCCACUGGCAACAGCAUCCUAGGCCAGAAGUGCUUUCUGUCCAGGCUGGGGGCUGUGCCUAUCACCAGAGCCUGUGCCUUAGCCAGCAGGAGGUGGGACCGCUGGCACGUGGAGGUGGUGGACACCCCAGACAUCUUCAGCUCUGAGGCCCUGCGAAGCGACCCCGCCUGCGUGGAGACAGCCCGCUGCUUCGUGAUGUCGGCGCCUGGGCCACAUGCUCUGCUCCUGGUCACCCAGCUGGGUCGCUUCACCUUACAGGACAGCCAGGCACUGGCUGCAGUGAAGCAGUUGUUUGGGGAACAGGUGAUGGCGUGGACCAUCGUGGUGUUCACGCGCAAGGAGGACCUGGACGGAGACUCUUUGCAGGAUUAUGUGCACUGCACGGACAACAGCGAGUUGAGGGAGCUGGUGGCUAAGUGCGGGGGCCGCGUGAUAGCCCUCAACAACCGUGCCACAGGCCAGGAGCAGGAGGCACAGGCUGAGCAGCUGCUGGUCAUGGUGGCCAGCCUGGUGAGGGAGCGCAGAGGCAUGCACUACUCCAAUGACCUGUAUGAACUGGCGCAGGCCAUGCAGGGCAGUGACCCCCAGGACCAACUCUCCAAAGUGGCAGAGAAGGUGGCUGUACGCAGGAGGAUGCUAGCUAGGCUGUGGAAAUGGCAGAAAUACUACAGAAAGUUCUGGAGAAAGGGCUUGACUAUCUUCCUGGGUGUGGCCCUCCUGAUCUCCCUGUGGUUCUACAGAAAGAUCCCUGCCAUUGGAGAUCAGAAUAACAAAAAGAGAAUGGAAGGCCUUCAGAAGAGCACAUAUGGAACUAUAGUUGAAGGUGGAGAGAAAGCCUGCUCCCUGAGGAUGCUCCUGGUGGGCAAAUCUGGCUGUGGGAAAAGCGCCACAGGGAACAGCAUCCUCUGCCGACCAGCAUUUGAGUCCAGGCUCAGAGGCCAGUCAGUGACCAGGACCAGCCAGGCAGAGACUGGCACAUGGAAGGGAAAGAGCUUCCUCGUGGUGGACACGCCCCCCAUCUUUGAAUCCAGUGCCCAGAACCAAGACAUGGACAAGGAUAUUGGAGACUGCUACCUGCUGUGUGCCCCAGGACCCCAUGUGCUGCUGCUGGUCACCCAGCUGGGACGCUUCACAACUCAGGACAUCAUGGCUGUGAGGAGGGUGAAGGAGGUCUUUGGGGCAGGAGUCAUGAGGCACGUGAUUGUCCUCUUCACCCGCAAAGAGGACCUGGUCGAUGAGACCUUGGAUGAGUUUGUGACCCACACUGACAACCACAGCCUGCGCAGUCUGGUCCAGGAGUGUGGGAGGAGGUACUGUGCCUUCAAUAACAGGGCCUCUGGGGAGGAGCAGCAGGGGCAGCUGGCAGAGCUCAUGGCCCUGGUGAGCAGGGUGGAACAGGAGUGUGAGGGCUCCUUCUACAGCAAUGGCCUCUUCUUUUAUGCUCAGGUGUUCCUGAGAGGUGGCUACAGUGAGCAGCAGGAUCCAUAUGGCAGCUACCUGGUCAGGGUGAGGCAGGAGGCAGAAAAGCUGAAGCAGGCCCUGAGGGAGCAGGAGGGCAGCUGGUUGGCUAACCUGCUUUGCUCACUCAAGUUCUCCUUGUGCUGCUGCAUUGCAGUGUUUGCUCUGACUGUGUUUUUCAUUAUUUACUUGUAUAGUAAAGAGCACUGAGCCUUUUCAGGUGAUUU